CCACCACCAAAAAGACAACGAAGUCGCCCUAUUUUUCUUCAAACACCACCAAUAAGCGUUACAUCAUACCCGGAAAACCCCCAUUUACCUUUUGUUGAUCCUGAAAAUGUCCGUUGCUCAGCUGUAAAUCACCACUGCGGGCCAUGACAUCCGUCGUGGUCUGCAGUCCAGCAGCUUCAUCGAGUCCUUUCAACAAAUUCGUACUUGAAUCCCUUUUCCACCUUACAGGCUUGCCUCUGUGACGAGCAUUGCUCUUACUCUGCUACCGCAAAGACCUGUUAUUUGACAAAAACGCCACUAUUGUACGCUUGCUUCCGCCAGUGUGCAUCUGAAGAACAAGAAAGGAAAACUUUUACACCGCAAUCACCACCACCAACCACCCUUCGAUUUCAGCAUAACCGACCCAUCUCCGACAUAUAUCGAGGCUACUAUACUAUAUUUCACUAUAGUAUUUUACGAAAUACGUCCAUUACGAACCAUCCUUUGCCACAUCACGGUACAGUAUAUACCGUCGAUUUUAUAUCAGCAUUUAGACAAAAAGUCUUUUUGAUAAAGACUACAUUUCUCACGAAAUACGACAACCCCCUCCCCUCCUAUUCCUAUCCUCCUACAAUCACACUUUGCAAUGUCCCGAAACAUUCGAAGAAAUUACAAGACCAGCGCUGCCAAGUCGCGGCGGCGUGGCUCUGAUACUACUGCCACUUCCAUUGACUUGUCCGAUGACGAGGGAUACUCAGCCGUCGAGGACAUUAGCGACUCCGAAGACGAUGAUGAGGAAGAUGUCAAUGCGGUCGAGGAGGAGAACCUAAUUAUUGAGGCCAUCCAGUUGCCCAGCUCUCCUCGACCGCCCUUUAGCUUCGAACAAGUUGCGGAUGCCGAUGUUCCAGUGGUAUACCAAGGCUUGGACGAUGAUGAUGACGAUGAUGACGAAGAAGAAGAAGAGGAAGAGGAAGAUAAUGACGACGAUGAAGACGAUGAAGACGAUGAGGAUGCUGAUGACCACGCCAGCUGGGGCGGCAUCGUCUCCGAAGUCGAGGAAAGCCAGGCAUCAGACUUUUACCAGGACGCAACGGCUUUUAGCUCUGACGUUGCUGAGCGUCAUGUUCGCUUUGACGUUCCUGAUAGUGACUCUGAUUCUACAGACACUGAUGAUGACCACGCAGACCUGUUCCCUGACAUCUUUGUCUCUCAGACGGCCCUGGACCCCGCUUUCCGUCGUGAGAUUGAAGAUGACCCAGAUGACUCGUCUGGAUCUGGCUCGUUCUGGGAUUACACAAACUACAAUCAGAACCAUGAUGAUGACGACGAUGACGAUGACGCUGAGGAAAUUAUUCGUCAGCUGUCAGAGGAAGAUACACCCAAGGCUAGCCGUAUUGGCCAGCAGGUGGAUAUUCCCGAAGAUAUUCUCAUUCCUGCAUUUGCUGCAGCCCAAGAGUUGGAUGGCUAUGAGACCGAUGGUGACACAACCGAGGAAGACACACCUGAGCCUCCCGUUCGUAGAAGAACGCGCCGUCUGUCGCUUGCCAAGAGCGAGGCAACCGAUUCUGAAGACGAUGCUUCCAUUAAGCUUGAGCGUGGCCAGCCUCGCAUCGGAAGAUUCAACCUGGAUCGUUCCGAGAAGAAGCCCAUUGCCGUCUUGAACCCUCUCACCCGUAAGAUGAUGAUUUUCACUCCCCAUCGCCGCCGCCAGUUGGAUCUCUCGCCCGAGCAGUUCAACUUUUCCACAUGGAACCUCGAGGAGACUGCCUCCCCUCUCCUCAGCAACUCUGCCAACAUGAUGCUCAGCGCCAUGUUCUCAUCCAACACCUUUGGCGACUUUGUCAACGCCCAGACCAUGGGCCCUGCCGAGGCAUUCUUCCCUUUUCCUUCGGAGACUGGCGCAGUGGACGGUAGCUCGUCGCCACACAGCGCCGAAGACGACGAGGAUGAGGUCGAGAAGAACCUCGACAUUAGCGACUUCAUCACCUGGGAUGAUGAUGGCUCCUCUGGCGACGAAGAGGACCCCAACACCUGGCCGCCAUCAUCUACGCCUGUCCGUCCCACAACAGGCUCCAGCGAGAUGGAAGUCCUCGGCCACCUGAACUCAGAGACUGUCGGUGCUUUCCGUCGCAACCAGAUUAAUCAACAGUUAAUCUUGAGCAACCAAGCUACCCAGGACUCGCUGGCGUUUAGCGGCCCGUACAACUACACCACCAUCAAGGGCCUCAAGUCGGACAGAUUCGACACGGCUGGUAUCCCUCUCACUCCCAUCCGCCGCCAAAGAAGGCAGGAUGCCAGAAGUCCACUAGAGACAGUAUCUGCCAAGCGUAAGGCCUCGACCGAGGCUAGCAACCGGCACAAGAAGCAACGCAGCAUCUCGGAUGUCAACCUCCUACGUAUAUGAAGCGCAGGACAGGACGAAAUGCUGGCAUUGUAAUCGUCUGUUUGUACACACACAAGGACGCAUGAGGACGGCGUGGCUUAACAAGCUACCCCUGGCCUCUCUCAUUAGCAUGUUAUUUCUCUUCAUUUCUUUCCCCAGUGUUUUCUUCUGCCUUUUUCUUUUGGGUUCCCUCUCUCUCCUUUUGUCCCCCCAUCUCCUCUAUCAUCUCUUUUUUCUCUCUUUUUAGACUGUCGUAACGACGGUAAUGAACUGGCUGGUGUGCAGCAUGCAUUUCGAUAUGUAUUGCUGGCACAAAAUGUCGAAAAGUUUUAGAGAACCACAUAGAUUUGGCGUUGAGAUGAAUGGCUCGACACCACCCCUGGAGGGUGUUGGCUUCUAUUUCUCGCGUGAGACGGCCUUUGUCUGGUGAACAGACGGUGUGCUCGGUUCUCACUUGUAGUAGGGUUGGAUCGGCUUUUUGUUUUGGCUUGGACUGGACGGCAUGGACUUUUGCUUUUAACUCCCAAGUUUGCACAGUUUGUUUCGUUUUCACCUGUACGAGUGUAGGAGACAGAAAAUAUACGUUACG